AGAGCUUGUUGUUGAGCAUCCCUUUGAGGCCAUACAACACACUUCCUCUUUUCUUUCCAUUCCAACCCUUUCCCUUUCCAUUUCCUUACUAUCAUCAUGUCAAACAAUUCCAACAACCUCUCCAACGAAGAACUCCUAGCCUCCAAUACUGCUCUCAAGGCCCAAGUGGAGUACUUGGCCAAACAAGUUGCCCAACUCACUAAGCUCAAGAUGAGCAUGGUGAACACUCCGGAGGAAAGUGAUGAAGACGAAGAAGCUCACCCUGAAGCUAACUCUAGUAAAACUACUAGAGAAGAGAGUCACGAACGAGGAACAACCGAUUUCAAGGUUGACAUACCAACCUUUGAAGGGAAGAACGAUCCAGAUGACUUUCUAGAGUGGCUAGAAACUGUUGAGCGCGUCUUUGACUUCAAAGAUGUGCCCGAAGACAAGAAGGUCAAGAUCGUGGCGUUGAAGUUCCGGAAGUAUGCCUCCACUUGGUGGUCCAACCUCUCCACCAAAAGAAGGCGAGAAAGUAAGCCCCCUGUGAAGACUUGGCUCAAAAUGAGGAGCUUGUUGAGAACUUUUCCCAGCUUCAACACCUAAGGCAAGGUCCUCGCUCAGUUGAAGACUAUACUCGGGAGUUUGAAGAACUCUUAAUGAGGUGUGACCUGCAGGAAAACGACUCACAAACAUUGGUACGUUAUCUAUUUGGACUAAACACUCAAAUAGCUA